AUGUCAAGCGAGGAGCGUUCAAGACAACCAAGUACUGUUUCGACUUUUGACCUAGAACCAAAUCCUUUUGAGCAAAGCUUUGCCUCUUCCAAGAAAGCCUCAUCACUUCCAGGCGCUGUCCCUCGUCCAUCUCAGUCAAAAGACCCUUCGAGAAGCAGUUCGGUUUCAACGCUCAACCACCAUUCCCAACGUCCCACUCAAAGUUUGAACAGUAUACCAGAAGAAAACAGAAACCGAACGAUAGCAGAUAACACUAGUCAUAAUGAGGUAAAAAAGGACUCGCCAAACUUUUUACCAAGUCAACCAAGGCCAACCAUCAUAUCUCCACCUAUACUCACGCCAGGGGGGUCCAAAAAAUUGCCGCCGCUGCUACUCUCUCCUUCCAUCUUGUACCAAGCCAAUUCAACUUCAAAUCCUAAUCCAAGUUCACAUUCUGCCUCGACUUCGAAUUCAAUACCCAACACAUUAGGCGUAUCUUCUAUUUCUGGAUCCCUAUACCCGAGCGGAUCUCCUCCUUCAGGGCCUUCAUUAGUAUGCCAGCCACGAAACUCCAAUGUCCCUGCCAAUACCAACGGCAAUGGCUUCCCUACGAACGAUUCACAAAUGCCUGGCUUUUUAUUAAACCUAUCUAAGUCCGGGUUGACACCUAAUGAGUCCAAUAUAAGGAGCGGAUUGACUCCUGGUAUUCUUACACAAUCAUAUAACUAUCCUGUGCUACCUUCAAUCAAUAAAAAUACUGUUACAAACGGUAAGAAUGCUAACAAAAGUGUCACCACGAAUGGAAAUGCUGAAAACCACACUCAUGUUAAUAUAAUGCAUCCAACUGCAAAUGGUACGCCACUUACGCCGGGAUUAAGUUCUCUUCUAAACCUGCCAUCUGCUCCGGUAUUAACCAAUCCAGUAUACAAAUCGGCACCACCAACGAAUAUCACGGAUGUCAUCAUUAAUAGCACUACCGGUAAUAACAAUCCUUCCCCCAGCACUUCAUCGAAAACAACAAUGAAAAUGGACAAUCCAGUAGAGUUCAAUGGUAUUCAACAAUCUACCCACAUUCACAAUGAAAAUGCACAUUUAACGACUCAACUAGAGAACAAUGACCUGUUUGAUGAUAAGACGCGAAAAAGGAAAAGAAGAAUGUCUAGCACGAGUUCGACUUCCAAAGUUUUAAGAAAGAACUCUACAUCCAGAAAAAACUCAACCGUCACGGUCACGUCAGGGUCAAGAGAUGACGUUGAUAAUAGUAAAACCUCGAACAAUACAAUAAUGGAUGAAACAGAAGAACAGGAGAAUAAAAGAAAAGAGUUUUUGGAGAGGAAUAGAGUUGCUGCGUCUAAAUUCAGGAAAAGGAAGAAGGAGUAUAUUAAAAAAAUCGAAAGCGAUUUACAGUUCUAUGAAUUGGAAUACGACGAUCUAACGCAAGCCGUGGGGAGACUCUGCGGUGUAAUACCUUCAGGCUCAUCUAAUUCCCAGUUCAAUGUGAAUAUGCCAACGCCAUCGUCUUCAUCAUCCCUACCAUCUACAUCUUUAUUAUCAUUGUUAGAAAAUAGUAUUUCGAGAAAUGAUUAUUCAAGUGCUAUGUCAAUACUAUCAAACGUGAAACAAAUAAUAUACGAAACAAGUUUUUAUCGAAGAGGAGGCAAAAACCCAAGAGACGAUAUGGACGCUCAAGAUGAUCAGAACUGUUUCAAUAAGGACAUUAGUAUUGUCAAAAAUGAAAAUUCAGGAUAUCCCCCCAUCAAUUCAAGACCAAUAAUCCUAGAUAAAAAGUACCCGCUGAACUCUGGACCAAAUAUUAGCAAAAGCAAUAGCACUGAUUGUGUGGGGAAUAGUACACAAAGUAUCAUCAGUUCAUGCUAUCCAGUCCCUAAUCCAUUGGUUAUAAAUGCAAAUCCCGAUACUCACGAUACCAACAACCAAGACGUGCUAUCCACAUUACCCCACAACAAUUGA